ACGCCCAGGUCGCCCGCAUCCUUGUGCCGCAGCAGCGAGAAAGCCAGCCCGGCCCCGCUCGCCAGCCUCCGCCUUGGAGCCCGGCCCCCGCCCCCCAUCCUCUCCCUCUCUCUCUGUCUCGCACACACUCACACUCGACUGUCUUCCCGGCCCAGCGAGCCAGCACCUGUCCGCAGGCUCGGCCUCAGCUUUCAGCACCUGCCUCCUGGAGGAGCGCGCAUCACCUCGGCCGCCCCAGCAGUACCCCAACCCCACGCCUGCGACCACCAUGGCGGAGACCAACAACGAAUGUAGCAUCAAAGUGCUCUGCCGAUUUCGGCCCCUGAACCAGGCUGAAAUUCUGCGGGGGGACAAGUUUAUCCCCAUUUUCCAAGGAGACGACAGCGUCGUUAUCGGGGGAAAACCGUAUGUCUUUGACCGCGUGUUCCCCCCAAACACGACUCAGGAGCAAGUUUAUCAUGCCUGUGCCAUGCAGAUUGUCAAAGAUGUCCUUGCUGGCUACAAUGGCACCAUUUUUGCAUAUGGUCAGACUUCCUCAGGAAAAACCCAUACAAUGGAGGGGAAGCUGCAUGACCCCCAACUGAUGGGAAUCAUUCCUCGGAUUGCCCGUGACAUCUUCAACCACAUCUACUCCAUGGAUGAGAACCUGGAGUUCCACAUCAAGGUCUCUUACUUUGAGAUUUACCUGGACAAAAUCCGUGAUCUUCUGGAUGUGACCAAGACGAACCUGUCUGUGCAUGAAGAUAAGAACCGGGUGCCAUUUGUCAAGGGUUGUACUGAGCGCUUUGUGUCCAGCCCAGAGGAGAUUCUGGAUGUGAUUGAUGAGGGGAAGUCAAACCGUCACGUGGCUGUCACCAACAUGAAUGAGCACAGCUCUCGGAGCCACAGCAUCUUCCUCAUCAACAUUAAGCAGGAAAACAUGGAGACGGAGCAAAAACUCAGUGGAAAGCUGUAUCUCGUGGACCUGGCAGGGAGCGAGAAGGUCAGCAAGACCGGAGCUGAGGGAGCCGUGCUGGAUGAGGCAAAGAACAUCAACAAGUCCCUGUCAGCCCUGGGCAACGUGAUCUCAGCACUGGCUGAGGGCACCAAAAGCUAUGUGCCGUAUCGUGACAGCAAAAUGACACGGAUUCUUCAGGACUCUCUGGGAGGAAACUGUCGCACGACCAUGUUCAUCUGCUGCUCCCCAUCGAGCUACAAUGAUGCAGAGACCAAGUCCACCCUGAUGUUUGGGCAGCGGGCAAAGACCAUUAAGAACACUGCCUCUGUGAAUCUGGAGUUGACUGCUGAGCAGUGGAAGAAGAAAUACGAGAAGGAGAAGGAGAAGACCAAGGCCCAGAAGGAGACGAUUGCGAAGCUGGAGGCCGAGCUGAGCCGGUGGCGCAAUGGAGAGAAUGUGCCAGAGACAGAGCGCUUGGCCGGGGAGGAUGCUGCCCUGGGACCUGAGCUCUGUGAGGAGACACCUGUGAAUGACAACUCAUCCAUUGUGGUGCGCAUCGCGCCGGAGGAACGACAGAAGUAUGAGGAGGAGAUCCGUCGCCUCUACAAGCAGCUGGAUGACAAGGAUGAUGAGAUCAACCAGCAGAGCCAGCUCAUAGAGAAACUCAAGCAGCAGAUGCUGGAUCAGGAGGAGCUCCUGGUAUCCACUCGAGGAGACAAUGAGAAAGUCCAGCAAGAGCUGAGCCACCUGCAGUCGGAGAACGAUGCUGCCAAGGAUGAGGUAAAGGAAGUGCUUCAGGCUCUGGAGGAGCUGGCCGUCAACUAUGACCAGAAGUCCCAGGAAGUGGAGGAGAAGAGUCAGCAGAACCAGUUGUUGGUGGAUGAGUUGUCUCAGAAGGUGGCUACUAUGCUGUCCCUGGAAUCAGAGUUGCAGCGACUCCAGGAGGUCAGUGGACACCAGCGCAAACGAAUCGCUGAGGUGCUGAAUGGGCUCAUGAAGGACCUGAGUGAGUUCAGCGUCAUCGUGGGCAACGGGGAGAUCAAGCUGCCCGUGGAAAUCAGUGGGGCCAUCGAGGAAGAGUUCACUGUGGCCCGGCUCUACAUUAGCAAGAUCAAGUCGGAGGUCAAGUCUGUGGUGAAGCGGUGCCGGCAGCUGGAAAACCUCCAGGUGGAAUGUCAUCGCAAGAUGGAGGUGACUGGGCGUGAGUUGUCUUCCUGCCAGCUGCUCAUCUCCCAGCAUGAGGCCAAGAUCCGCUCACUUACGGAGUACAUGCAGAGUGUGGAGCUGAAGAAACGGCACUUGGAGGAAUCCUACGACUCCCUGAGUGACGAGCUGGCUAAGCUGCAGGCACAGGAAACCGUGCAUGAGGUGGUCUUGAAGGACAAGGAGCCGGACACCCAGGAAGCAGAUGAAGUGAAGAAGGUGCUGGAGGUGCAGAUGGAGAGUCACCGGGAGGCCCACCACCGGCAACUGGCCCGGCUCCGAGACGAGAUCAACGAGAAGCAAAAGACUAUUGACGAGCUCAAAGACCUGAAUCAGAAGCUGCAACUGGAGUUGGAGAAGCUCCAGGCCGACUACAAGAAGCUGAAGAACGAAGAGCAUGAGAAGAGCGCCAAACUGCAGGAGCUGACAUUUCUGUAUGAGCGACAUGAGCAGUCCAAGCAGGACCUCAAGGGACUGGAGGAGACAGUUGCCCGUGAACUCCAGACCCUCCACAACCUUCGCAAGCUGUUCGUUCAAGACGUCACGACUCGAGUCAAGAAAAGCGCGGAAAUGGAACCCGAGGACAGUGGGGGGAUUCACUCCCAAAAGCAGAAGAUUUCCUUUCUUGAGAACAACCUGGAGCAGCUUACAAAGGUUCACAAACAACUGGUACGUGACAAUGCAGAUCUGCGUUGUGAGCUUCCUAAAUUGGAAAAACGACUUAGGGCUACGGCUGAGAGAGUUAAGGCCCUGGAGGGUGCACUGAAGGAAGCCAAGGAGGGCGCCAUGAAGGACAAGCGUCGGUACCAGCAGGAGGUGGACCGCAUCAAGGAGGCCGUGCGCUAUAAGGGUGCAGGCAAACGGGGCCACUCAGCUCAGAUUGCCAAACCCGUCCGACCAGGCCACUACCCAGCUUCUUCACCCACCAACCCCUGUGGCACGCGGAGCCCCGAGUGCAUCAGCUACACCAACAGCCUGUUUCAGAACUACCAGAACUUGUACUUGCAGGCUGCACCCAGCUCCAGCUCAGACAUGUACUUUGCUAACUCCUGUAGCAGCAGUGCGGCUGCAUCUUCUGGCAGUUCCUUGGCUCCCUAUCAGAAGGCCAACAUGGACAAUGGAAAUGCCACAGAUAUCAAUGACAACAGAAGCGACCUACCAUGUGGUUAUGAAGCUGAGGAGCAGGCCAAGCUCUUCCCUCUCCACCAAGAGACGGCAGCCAGCUAAUCUCCCACAGGAGGGCUCCAUACCUGCACUUUCAGUUUCUAAGAGGGACCGCGAGGCCUCUUCUCUCAGCAUGCUGCAAACCUGCGGUCCUGCCACUAGCUCCCCCUGCCCCUGUCGUCUCGCUGUGUGAUUUUCGAUGUCUGCUUCUCUGUAUCUAUAGAGCCAGGCCACUGCUGCGUCUCUCUUCUCUGUCUGCCUCUCUGAAUAUCUAACCAUGUCCCGAGCAGUUGCUACGUGUAGUCUGCCCUCCUCAUUUUGGGGACGAUAGAGGGUGGACGUUUAUUCUGUCUCUCUCAUGUAUUUGUCUCUCACACUGAGUGGUAUUGGUCGCUGAGUAGAGGUCACGGAGAUGAUAGCAGGAAAAAUGGGAGCCGGGGAGGGGGAAGCUCCCCCCCCUUUCACAUACACACAUGUGCACAUGCACACACAUACACAUGUGGACACACAAAGCCUUAAGCAGAAAUUCGAAUGUCUUAGCAUUCUAAAUAAGAUGGAGAUGUGGACUUUUCUUCCUUCCUUGUUCAUGUUCAGCACAGAGGAGGGGGAAACAAAAGGGCUGUUGCAUCACACAGACCACCUUCUGCAGACCACCCCCCACGUGACUGCGGGGACCCCAGGGCUUCAGCCCUGUUUAUAUGCCUCCCUUGCUUUUCCUGAGCACAUCGGCUGCUCAUGGGACCACUUCCCUUUCCCUUAGAAGCUGCUGUUGACAUUCUGUAGCCCCAGGCUUGCAGGGGCAGAGGGCAGAGUGGCUCCAAACUGCUUUGCAAAUUUAGGCGGCAGGCCCCUCCCAGCAGUGUGGUGAAGGCCAAUGGCCAUGCACCUGAUGUCCAUCAGAACGACUGAUUCCUUGGGUUUGGGGAUUGGGGUGAGUAAGUUGGGAGAGUCCUGAGUGUUUCUUGUCACAAGGCCUUAGGUUGAAGUGAUGGGUUCCUCCCCUCCUUCCUGCCCCCCACAAUCAGACUCCAUGCUCUUCCCUUCUCUACCUUUUGAACUGAGGGGGUUUGGGCUCAUUGGUACAAUCUUCUCUAGAUGCCUUCCUUGGCUAGCUGGAGCUGGACUUUGUCCUCACAGACACCCCCUGCCUCUGUGAUGUCCUUCUCUGCUGUCCUCACCUGGUAUUAAGUGCACUUUAAAAGGAAAGGGCAGCGCAGGCUUUCCAAAGGGGGGGAGGCGCAGGGCUCCUCCCCCACUGCCCUUCGCAGGGGACCCCCUGGCCCCUCUCCUGCAGCCAAAAGGACUGUUUUUUCAGUUUCAUGCGGUUCUUUCCUGCCACAUGGUGCUAAGGGGGUUUUCCAGGGAACUGCAGUGUGGAGGUUAUCAGACAGCUCGAACCAUGAAGGCAAGGCUUACCUGAGA